GGAUAACCUCCACACGAUCGCACACAUCUCUUUCUCUCUUUUGUUCUUGAGUAGCGCUGUGGGGUGACCCUGGGAGGAAUGUUUCUUUUCCCAUGGUGCCUUGCGGUGGUUUGUGUCUCUCUGUUCACCUCAGGGUCCGAGGUGCUUCACUGUAACAUGACGGUGACGUGGAGGGACUUGAGAGGUCUUCUGAAGUGGGACUGUCCUGCUCGCCUGCCGAACACAACCUACACUGUUCAGAAGUUGACACAAGGAGACGCCCUGUGGAAGGCGGUGGGCGGGUGUGUUCGGCUGACGUCGAGGAGCUGUGACGUCUCCCGGGCUUUUGAGAAGAUUGACCUUUAUAACUUCAUACGGCUGGAACUGGAGGACGCCCUGGGGUCUGUCUUGUCCGGGGAAAUGAUGUCCGACCCCUUAAACGAGGCGGUCUACGGGCCCCCCAGCCUCUCCCUCUCUCUGCAGGGGCCGAACCUGACGGUGAGCGUGGCCCUGGCCUGCUCGCCCAUCAAAGCCUGUCCGCCUCGAGACUGCUGCCCCCUUUCUCAAGUGGCCGUGGGCCUGUGCACCUCCAUCACGGUGUACAGCGAGACCCACGCCUCACAGAGCCAGACCCAUAAGAAGUGUGGCAGGGAGGGGACGGUGAGCUAUGAGUUCGUGGGACUGGCGCCGGGUCAGAGGUACUGCGCUGUGGCUAACUUCACCUGGAGCCCAGCCUCGCCCCCCCGCUGCGUCCACGUGCCCACACAGACCGGUUCUCUGAUGCCUCUGUGGCUUUUGGGAGCGGUGCUCUUCAUGAUCUUUUCUACAGUCCCUGUGAUCUGCCACCUCAGACAACGAUGUGUAUCAGCAGAGACCCUCCUCCCCAGAGCUCUGCAGAAUCUGCAGGAUGGAGAGUCCACGGAACUGGAGGUCCCUUGUGAGGACUUUCCCGAAGACUUUUGGUGGGACCAAGUGUCCAUCGUGUCCCGGCCUCCGUCAGAGUCCCGCUGUGUCCUCGCCCAUCCGCCCCCGUCGCCGGCCCAGACCAGCUCCUCAAGCCAGGGGGACGGGUACCGCAGCGACCCGCUACCCACGGACGCGGGGUGGGCUGAGACCGCCUGGGACAGCGGGGGGACGGGAGGCGUCCUGGAGCCUAGCGACGUCCCCCUACUGCCCCAAUGCAUUGUGUUCCCCGGUCUGUCCCAGGACCUCUGGGGACCGCCCGCGCACACACACACGGGGCCCGCGGGGCCCGCGCCGGGCCCCCCGAGACCGCCUCCGCUCCUGGAGAACCCAGGGGUGCGUGGGGCAGUGCAGCACGUCCCGCUGUGCUCGGUGAGGCUGGAGGCCUGUGGAGAGGAGGAGCAGGAGGACACCGGGUGGUUUGACCUGGAGCCGGCGGCCAGGGGUGGCCUGUAGCGCAGUAUAGCGCUACAGCCACAGUGAGGUCCCUUAACCCCACAUUGCUACAGGGGAGGAUCGUCUCCAGCUUAGUGUAAUCGACAUGGCUCAGGCGGUAAGAGCAGUCGUCUGGCAGUCGGGAGGGUUGCCGGUUCGAUCCCCCGCCCGGGGCUGUGUCGAAGUGUCCCUGAGCAAGACACCUAACCCCCAAAUGCUCCUGAUGAGCUGGUCGGCACCUUGCAUGGCGCUAUAUAAAUGCCAACCAUUUACCAUUUAUAUAAUCAACUGUACGUCGCUCUGGAGAACUGUACGUCUGCCAAAUGCCAAUAAUGUAGUGUAAUGAAUCCCUCUCUUGGGGGAACUGAACUUUGACCCCAUCUAGUGACUAGUAAACUGUUCAGGUCCCAAAACUCUGCAAUCCUGAACCCCACUGUGUGUGCUUUCCUUAGACUCCCCAAAUUCAGGCACAGUGGGGUGCAAGGGGUGUGAAGGGGGUGCCACCAAUCGUAAAGGAAAGGACUCUCUACCAGACCGCGGGUUCACCAUGUCAGUCACCACAGCUGCAACAGAGGAGGUCCUGAGUCCAUUAGUUGAAUCUCGGGACUCCAUGGUUUCUGGGUAACUCAUUUAAACACACAACACAACCUGAUGGGAAAAUUACCUCCAUUGUUUAGACUUCACACUUCACAGCGAGGACUGCCCCUGCUAAAUCCUUCCUGCCUUAUAAUGGACCCAGUCCCUUCUUCCACAAUGUCAGUAAACAAUAUUCCCUGUCCUUAGUUGCUUGCUGCUUUGAGACUACACGGGAGACCCUGGGGCGGCUGCUUUGCCACCGCCUGAAAGAGCGACCUUUGAAAGGGCUUCAUUGGCAGCUCCGCGAUUUAGUCGGAAAAAUCGAAGCAGUGGUACGACAUCGUUGCCAAACGGGGGACCGCGGGUCUCCGUGACUCAGAAAACCCCAGCGCUCUUUGCUGCGUGACAUCAUUCCCGUCUCUCCGGCGGUACCGUUCCUCCGCGUGGUGCCGAGUGAUCGGCGCCCGAAUUCUCCCCCCGUUACCCAUCGCUCCAGCGGCGCUGUCCGCGCGUCACGCCUCAUCUCCACGGCACCCCGCGGGAGGUUGUAUUCCUCCCGCUCCCCAGCUGCUGCCUGGAAUAGCCAGCCGCUCUGCUUUCACCGCUACAUAAAGAACCACAGCCGUGAGCGAUUGAUGAGCGGGGAAACGGUGAGGCAACCCUUCGGUCGGACUCCAGGAACUUAUUGACUUGACGUAUUGUCACAGUUACAAAAUUCGGUUUGUAAUGCUGAGGUGCGCAUUUGCAGAUGGGGGCCAUGGAUACCAACGUGUUUUCAUUACAGGGCAAGAACGUAGAUGGUGUCUGUGAUAGGAAUAUUGCAGUUUUUAGACAACCACUUUGACACUAAAGUCAGAACCUUGAAGUCACUUUUCAAAACUGUAGAGACAAAACUACGGAUAACGGAUAAUCAAAAUGCACAUUAUUCAAAACUCUGAACACUGAAAUCACUUGUUCACAAUGACACGGCUCAACAUUACACACAGCACACAUUAUAUAUGACACUUUUCAUCCAUUACAAUGCAUCUAAUGAUCAAUGAAUCAAACUACUAAAAAUAAUAACUAAGUGUAACAUUAAUGCAUAGUUUUAUAUAACUAUUUGUAUUGAUUACUGUAACAACAUUCCAUAUUGACAUUAUGAAUGUUUUAGGAUUAAGAAAUGUAUUGACACCAAUUACUUUGGAACAUGAUCUAUUUUACUACAUUUCAUCACCAUCCUUUAUCACAGGGGUUCUCCACUUCUUUUGACACGCACCCCACCCCCCUCUUAGUGGUAAGAGUUGGGAGUAAGGAUGUGUAUCCACCUGCAACAACAUAGCAACAACAUGGAGUUGGCAGAUGAGCCAAGUUAGAAUAGAGAUCAAGCAGUGUGAGGAGGAGGAGGAGGAGGAGGAGGAGGAAGAAGAGGGAGAGGGAGAGGCGGUGGUUAUUUUGUCAAUCAUAGAACAAUGGUCAAAGAAAACCAAAAAAAAACCAGUGGAAUUACAGUAGGUGCACUAUUCUCUGUCAGUCAUUUGCAAAUUGGGACUGUAGAAAUGUAUAGUUUUUUGGUGGUUCAGCUAGGCCAGGGGUCGGCAACCCUGGCUGGAGAGCCGCAGGGUGUGCUGGCUUUUGUCGUUACUCAGCACUUAAUUGAUCGAGUAAAGCAGUGGAUUACACAGUUAACUCGCCUCACCUGGUUCUUCGGUCUGAAUCAGCCGCUGGUAUUAAGGCGAAAACAAAAACCAGCACACCCUGCGGCUGUCCAGGGUUGCUGACCCCUGAGCUUGGCUGAGAAAUACAUUUUCUGAAUGUAAAAGCAAUGAAAAAAAAUCACAGU